CGCACAGGCAGUGGUAUACUGGGGAAAAAACCCACGGGCCUGGAUAGGGAAUGUGUUUCUCAUCAUAGGCAAACUACUGCACGUGAUCGGCAUGUUCACUCCGUACUGGCUUACCGCUACUACUCUCGGCGACAUGGGCUUGUGGCAGCUAUGUGUUGACACGCCUUUCGGUUCACAGUGUGUUUCCAUUGUGAACGCUGAUAUGGAAGGCUGGUUCAAGUUGGUGCAAGCAAUAUCGUGUCUGGGACUUAUCAUGUCCAUCGCCGCGGUGACAUUUGGUGUAGUCUACAUUCGACGACAGGGGAGACAAAUGCUCAUGGUGGCUGGAAUUUGCAGUAUUUGCGCAGGUGUUCUGGUCUUGAUGGGAGUCGUCAUCUUUGGAGGAAGAUCCGAGUCCCUGGGAUUGGGGUCUUACUUCGGCUGGUCGUUCUAUCUCGAGGCAGUCGGUGGGUGUCUGCUGUGCAUGGCCGGCGGCCUCCAUCUUGGCGGACUAAACACGGACAGCGGUUCUCUUCCCAUUUAACACCAUCACAUCAUUAUUUCCUCAGACGUUUUUUUUUUAUUAAAAUGUAUUUUAUUAUUUAUG